GUAAUCAGUUCAUAGAUGGUUGCUAUUCUGUAUUCAGUAACUGUGGAAUUUAUCCAAAAUGUGGCAUGAAGCUCGACGACAGGAAAAAAAAAUAAGAAAAUUUAUAGUUGAUCACAAAAAAAGAUCUGAAAGAAGACAUGAAUACUAUGAAAGAAUAAAGCAAGAUCCAACAAAAUUUCUUCAGGUUCAUGGCCGCAAGGCGAAAAUUCACUUGGAUGGAACAGUUGCAGUGGAAGCAGACAAUAAUCAUCAUAUGAUGCCAUGGCAGGGAGAUAGCAGCAAUAUGAUUGACAGAUUUGAUGUUCGUACACAUUUAGAUUAUUAUAUACCUACAAAGAAGGAAUCUGAUGAAUUGGUCACAGAAGAAGAAAUAAAAUGCAAUUUUGAACGUUACAGGGUGUUAAUUUGGAAUGAAUACAAACGUGUUUCGGAGCAUCAACAUCUUCGACAAAUUUAUAUUGAGGAACAGUUUCCCGAGAUUGCUGCAGAACAGAAGCAAAGUGCUGAAGCACAGAAACAGAUUUUGGCGCAGGGUCGAGCUACCAUUGGAUAUAAUUAUGAAGUGGAUAAGAACAACUCGAGUGAUUACAUCUCGAAACGAAAAGCCGGAGAUGAUGAUGAAGAAGAAGAAGAUGAUGAUAAGGAUGAUUUUGACAUCACUGCAGAAUUGGAAGAAAUUCCACCACUUUCCGAGAUUAGUAUGGAAGCAAUAACGGCUCUUGAUGAUAUUGGUGUUAAAAGCUACAGUCUCCGGCGAGGAGGAUUUGGUGAUUGUUUACUAGAUGAUCAAGAUUAUAUAGAUAAAAUUGGAGCAGCAAAAGCACUUGAAAGUGAGAAGCAAAAAUUUUCCGGAAGAAAAUCUAGGAGGGAACGCAAACUUCUAAAAGAUGAAAGACUGAAGGGAAGAAAAAUAAGUGCAUUGAGUUAUGUUCAACAAGAAUCUAGCAGUACAAGUAGUGAAAGUUCAGACGCCAGUUCAUCUGAAAGUACGAAUUCUGAUUCAUCUGAUGAAGAUGAAAAAUCUAAAAGAAAAUCUAAGGGUAAUAUUGAAUACAUCACUUCCUUUGGAGGAGAGCAGGGAAAAAACUGUCCAAAAAGUAACAACAGCAUCACAAAGGAGCCAAAGAAAAGUAAGGCUGACACAAGAAGUAGAAAAUAUAGAAGAAGAUCUCAUUCACAUUCUCCUGAACGCAAUAGAUCAAGAUCUCGAUCAAGGUCACCAAGAUAUAGAAAAUCUUCAAGUCGGUCACGUAGAUCUCGUUCUAGAUCAUAUGAAAGGAGGAGAUCAAGAUCACGAUCAAGAGAUAGGACGUCAAGAUCGAGGCAACAAAAAAGGUCCAAUUAUUCCUCUGUUGCGAAUAUAAGCUCAACUUCACAAAGUAGCGAAAAUAUUUUGAAAAGCUUGUCAAAAACGAAAACAGCUGAGGAAAAAGCAGCUGCUUUGCAGAAAUUAACUCCGCAACAAAAACUUAAAAUAAAAAUGCAAAGAGCUUUGAACAAACAGUUAAAAGUGGACCGCAAUGCUGACAAUGAAAAGCGAAUAAUUAAACAACAAGAAGUGAUGGAGAGAGAUGAUGAUAUCCGAGAAAUGUCAAGAAAAAUGAGACAGCGAGCUGGUGAAAGACGUGAAUAUACGGACUCACCUUACCACUGACUCGAUGCUUUUAUUGGCCAUGUCAAGAAUUAUCAGCGAAAUUGAGGAGCAUGCAUACUUUAAUGUUUGCUAUCACUCAGAAACGCAAUGGAGUAGACUAUAAACUGCUUUUGGAUCUGAACUGGUUUCAAGAUAUGACAAUCGAAUUCAAUUUUCCCCUACAGUAUGUGCAGUUAUUUUCAUCUCCAAGCAAGUUUGUGCGCUGUCAACUGGAACCAAUAAUUGAUGGAGAAGUUAAAAUGCAUACAAGAAUGGGGAUUUGCUGACACCAUAUAGAUGUGUAGUCGAUACUGGGUUAACUGAUUUGAGCCCUCCAAGUCAGAAAAACGAUUUUAGACUGCAAAAUCUGAGGUUUCCUUUGGCAGGAAAUUUCAUAGAGAAACCAUUGGUGCAACUCGAAUUUUAUUGCAAUAAUCUGGUCAGAAAAAACGUAGCCCUUCGAAUUCUAGUUAUUGGAAAUUUUCAAAUCGUUUUGUAUGUGCCUACUUCGUAGUUGUGUACAAAGUUACACUUAUAUUGUCUCUUGAUUAUUCACCUUCAUAAGUUAUGAUUGUUAUAAAGAUAAAGAUUAAAAUAGCAAUGCCUUCUGUAGCAAAUAUUGAACAAGUUUUAUUCUGUUUUUAGUUACUCAAGUUGAUAGCCCAAUAAUCCUCUGUGGAGGAGACCAUUUCGAUGGUGAUAGUGGACUGGUGCCUUAUGUCAUCAUUGCUAGGGGAUAGAUUUGGUAGACUGAUGAGCAAUUUUGUGCAUUAUUAUUGAAAUUCUGUAGUUUUGUUGUGGUUAUGUUAUACUUCUGAUGUCAGAUACAUUGUUCAAACAGUUUGAUUUAAUACAUGUUUA